AUGGCUAUUACACGGACUAUCGCCAACCACUACCCGCGUCUUCGAGAACUACACUCUUGCGGUCCGACCACGCUGGAGGUCGUUGCAGUGGUCCCUGAGCAUACUGUUCAUGCCGUCCGCGAUCGAGAGGUGGACUUGCAGCAAAAGGUGGUCCUGGCUAGGACUCGGUACCAUCAGUUCAACAGUAUCCAAAAGAUCCGAAUGGAGAAAUACACCUUACAUGUCCGUGAAGCAGUUAUCCAGUCCGUUCUAUCUAUCACUGUCAACAUGCGCCAAGUGAGCGAACCGGCGAUUUGUCUGAGCGAGAUGUCUGUUGUUCACGAAUCUACAUGGACGAUGCUCAAGGAGUUCUACCGCCGACUUCGAGCCCUAUCAGAGAUGGAGGUCUUGAAUCUAGGGAUCAAGUCCAAAGAGUCGCAGUGGUUAAAUGAGCGCGGUCAGGAGAGGAUCGCAGUCGGCACCAGAACCAUUACGCGGACCCCGCAGGAUAACGGCAGAAGCGACGACGACGAUGAUGGUGUUAUUGGCGGAGGUUGGACUUUGAAAGAUGACGAUCCUAAUACCCGCAGAGGCGACUUGGAUGAACUCGACACUAGCGCCAUGGAUGCCUCCUUCCCGGGCUUUUGUCCUUGGGCGAUGAGGCUACAGGAAUACUAA